UAAGGUUGAUAUUUCAUGUUUUAUCAAAUAAAGGUUCAUUUAAAAAAUGAGUACAUCAAGUAAAAGUGGAUUAGUUCCAACACCUCAAAGACGUAUUCCAAGAAAGAAGCCAGUAAAACCGGAAAAUCUUUUGCCAACUAAAUAUGUAGUCAAGCCAAUAACAUUAACUCUACGGCCAUUUGGAGGAUUGUAUAAUCCAUAUGCAAAAGGAUGUUCAGUUCUGUGCAAUCAUCCAGCACCAAGUGCAGUUCGAAAAUAUAUAAAUCAAUUGAAAAAUAAUUUAGUAACUGACAAUAAAACUUCCUCCCAAAAUCGAGAUCAGUUAUUUGAAUCGGAAACUGAUAAUAUUCCAGAAGAUUUAUUCCGACGUUAUACUGAUACUGAUUCGAGACCUUUAACACCAUCACCAACUGUUACGAGUGUUCGAACGAGAAAUAGCACUGGUUCAUUUCUGAACAAUAGACGUUGUAUAACACCUGAGUUGAGGAAAAAUGAGAUAAGCAAGAGAAAGAAGAUUAUUCUUGAUUUAAGACGAAGCCACAGUCAAGAGACUUUGUAUUGGAAACCAACAUCAGAGAUAUCACAAAGUGCUCUAACAGAAGCUGAUAUCGAAGAAAAACGAGUGGUAACUGAGAAAAAAGUUAAGAAACAAAAAUCUGAUGAUAUAAGACCUAAAACUCCAGCAACAAUUCCAGAAGAAUUUCAAGAAGAUUGCAAGAAGCCACCAAUUUCAUGCAUCAACGAGCACGAUAUAGCCGAUGAUGAUGCUCGUCGUGGCAAAAAGAGAAAGAAGAUCAAACCACAACCGGCAACCACAACAUUCCAUCUAAGUGAAGAUCCUGAAACUCAAGUAGCUACUUUGGGUCCAGAUUCAUUGAAUCCAAGUACUCGUCCAUCGCUCAUCCCGAAUGCAGCAAAUUUAUUACCAAGCAAAGAAAAACGAGAAAGUGAGCCAGUUUUGCUCAAAGGUAGUUUUCUAACCGAUGAAGCAUUUGAAGCUCUUAAAACAGAACUUGAUGUUGAUACAAUUGAGAAUACUUUUGAUAGAUAUCUUAACCGAGCGAUGCGUGAGGCAUAUAAAUAUGUUCCAGUUAAAGCUAAGGAAAAUAAACCAAAACCUAUUUAUGAAUGUGAAAAGUUGUACUUUGAAACUCGUUCGAAAAUGCCAAGAAAAUUUUCAAAAUCUGCAACUAGGUUUGAUGUUCCUUUAGAUAUGAAGACUUUGGAAGAAAUGUCAGUUUUUGAGUACUUGAGUAAAUAUGUUUGGGUAUCAAGACAACGAAAACAACUUUAUAAAAAAGUGUUUCUCAAACAUUUGGUUCAAGUUGAAGAACCUGAAGAGACAGAAGAAAAUGAAGGCCCAAUUCAAGUUGAAUAUGUUGAAAGAAAGAUGUCUGCAAAAAACAUUACCGAAGCUUUGACAGAGGUUUUGGAUUUUUAUGGAACUGAAAAAAAUAUUAAAGAAAUUUUAAGACUAAUUGAGGUGAAAGAAGAUCAAGAACUAAAUUUUAGGUCAUGGUGUGGUAUAGUAUCGUUUAGUGAACGUUUAGCUUUAGAUGAUGUCACGGGAACUGAUUCAAGUGAUGAGCUCGAAAAAGCAGAUUUCACAAGUAUGCAAAAGCGACUCGAUGCAUAUGAUGUUCCCGAAAAAUUAAAAGAAGUUUUUGACGUAAUUCGUAGAGGGCAUUUUUGAAUUGAAAAUUUAGGAUUUAU